GGACGUGGAGGGUUGGUGGCUGCCGAGCCUGGGUCUGAGCAAGCGGGGAUGGGGACCAGGUGCUGAGGCUGGGGAACGAACGGGGGCAGCCACUUGGUCCUGGCGCAUCUUGGGGUCCCCUGGGAUUUCCUGGGAACCCCAGUGCCCAGAGACCCGCUGUGGCUGUCUGGCGGGGGGGCAGGUCCCAGCCCGUGGUGACCCCCAGUGUGCCAGGGCAACCCUGGUCCCUCUCCAGAGUGGACUGAUGCCCAGCACACAUGUGGUUCAGGGCCGAGUGGGCAGGCAUGGCCAACAGGAGGGAGGACCCAGCAAGCAGCUGGUGAUGUGUGUCCAGAGACAGGGUGUUGACAUGUGGCCAAGAGGCUCUGGGGUCAUCGGGCCACCACCGUGCAGCCCCCACCCCAGGGCUUGAUGGCUCCAGAGAACCUGGGGGCUGCUGCCCUCACCUCACCCCAAUUUUCUUUAAAUGAAUUUUUAUUUUAGAACAGUCUUAGCUUUAUAGGAAAAUAGGAAGCUAGCACAAGCUUCCCACGUGCACUGCACUCCAUUCCCUCGUGGGUCUGUUGAGUGCUUUCUUAUAACGUAAGGUUAAGCGUCUGCAGGGUGAGAACCUGGAGAUUGUUCUUGUGUUGCUGUGCUGAGAGCCGUGUGUGGCUGUGAGUUUUUGAUGAGGAAAAGCAGCGUGGGUCCUGGGUUUGGAUAGCGCAGGUCCCUCUGGGAGCCGAGUGCCUUCACCUCGGAGCGUGUGGGGGAGGUACGGAGCUGGAGCCCUCGACCCUGACCGGCCAGCCAGGAAGGCCGUAGGAGGUCAGCCCCCUGGCGUGAGGUGCCCAGGGCCUCCGGCGUCACCCUGGGUGGGGGUUCCAGGACUCAGACGCUGGCUGUCAGUGGGGCAGGUGUGGCCCAGCAGGGGGCUGCUUUAUGGGUGCACUGUGGCCCCAGGAUGGUGCAGAUGAUGGGCAGACCUGCCCCAGGGCUGUUUCUGAGACAGAGGCCCCUGGAGGAGAGCCAGGUGCUGGGCCUCAGGUGUCUGUCCUGAACUGGGGCAGCCUUGGAACAAGGAGCUGCAGGAGGUCCCUGGGGCAUGGGGCCCUGGCAGGGCCACCCCGGGGAGUGCAGGGCCGCAGGAGUCCUGCCGCAGGUUCCUCGGCUCGGGAGCUCACAGCCUCCUCACUGCAGAGUCCUUUCAGGAGGGCCAGGGUGGCCUUCCCACAUCUGCUUCCUCCUCAGAGACACAGGUGUGGGUACGUACUGGCCAGUAUUGAUAAGCAUUGAGUGGUAUUGAUGGAUGUCGAGGAGCCUCCAGGAGCAGCGGCCGACGCCGUGCUGCUGUGGGCAGUAUCGAUGAGUACUGGCUGGUGUUGAUGAGUUUGACGGGGUGUGGGUGGCGUGGUACUUUGCCCCCUGGCCAGGCUGGUUCGUGGGUGAAGUGUGACAUUCAGGUGGUUUUCUCCUGUCCUUUUAGUUUCUGUUUUUAUGGAGGAUCCGGGUGCCACGGGGGGAUCCGGCCUUCAGGGCAGGAGGCUGCAGUGCAGGUCAGGGGGGCCCAGACGCAGGCAGUGGGGUCCCACUCCACAGUGUUGCUCUUGGGCUCUCCAUCGGGAGCCCCAUACAGCACCUGCCGUGAGGAGUGGCGUUGGGGACCCUGGAUGGGAGCUGUGUGCGUGGGGCUACACCUCAGCCCCUAUGAUGGUGUCUCUGGAAGCUGGAGGCGAUCGGCCUGUGUGCUGGAAUCCUGCAGAGGGAAUUGAGGGGCGGAGAUUUGUCUGCGAGGCCUCUGGCAGGGGCAGCCUUACAGCGCACCACCAGGGUCUUAGGCUUGGCUGAGUGGCCCCUCCUGGCCUGGCAGGCAGUCGUCUCUGCCCAUGCCUGCCACGCUGCUGGGCUGGUGGUGGCUGGCUCCUGUCCUGGUUAGCCUGAUGUCAGCUGCACGUUGGGGUCAGCCCCUGUGCUGUGUCUUCAUGCCAGAGCAGGGGUCAGGUGUGGGUGGCUCAGUGACACCCUCCCAAGGGCUGGGCGAUCGUGUGCACUCCCAGCACCCUCUACCUUGCAGGGCUGCGUUCCUGGAAGGCUUGGCCCCCUCAGGGCCUGUGCACCCCUGCCCCUGUGCAUUCAGCCAUCAGGGUUCAUGCCCUCAGCUUCCCGCCAGGCCCUGGUCGUAGUGGGCAGGAAGAGCUGAGCCGUGCUUUUGGGAGAAUCGAGGGAAUGUCACUGGGAUGCACCAAGGGUCAGAGGUGGAGCCGGCGUGGCCCAGGGCAGGCAGUACCAGGCCGGAUGCUGGAAAGCCAGCAGCUCCUCUCCUGGUGGCUCCUGGGAAGUUCCACGUCCUUGCCUGGUCACAGAGGCCCGGGAAUCGGUGACAUGAGAUAGAAGCUUCCAGAACAGGAGGCAGAGCCCUUCCACAGUUUCCCUGCCCACAGCACACACCCUCUGCCCUCCGCCCCUUGGUUUUUGGACACUGGGGACAUCUGGGUGCGGCUAGAGCCUGUGGGGGUGGCCGCAGCCCUGGGGGGCUGUUCCCAGGAGUCAGCCUAAGGGCCACUGGGGCCCGGCCUCGGGCCUGGCACUGUGAGCUCGGGGUGAGCGCCCCUCGUGUGUGCGGCAGGAGCCGGGGCCCCUGGCUGGCAGCAGGCUCCCAAGUCCAGGUAGGUCCCAGACAGCAGCCCCGGGUGUGGCAGAUGCAGUGAGGUCCACUUCUGAGGCGUUCCCUGGAGUCUGUGAGUUCUGGUCGGAUCUUUGAUGGCAUUUUAAUGUGUCUCUUGUGUUUGAUUUUUAGUAAGACUUUGACCCCGACGCAGGCUUCAGUGAUUGCCGUGGAUCAGAAGCCUGAGCGCUUUGGCUCGAGACAAUUAAGGACGUGGGAUGAGGCUCCGAGACAGGACGCGGUUCUGCCUGGGGAUCCUGAAGAUAAAAAGCUUUGAAAAGUCGAAUUCAUGGUCGUGGAAGCUGAGGCCAUAUUAAGAGAUGUCAGGCGUCCGACCUCCAAUCAUGAACGGGCCCCUGCACCCGCGGCCCCUGGUGGCGCUGCUGGACGGCCGGGACUGCACAGUGGAGAUGCCCAUCCUGAAGGACGUGGCCACUGUGGCCUUCUGUGACGCACAGUCCACGCAGGAGAUCCACGAGAAGGUCCUGAAUGAGGCCGUGGGGGCCCUGAUGUACCACACCAUCACACUCACCAGGGAGGACCUGGAGAAGUUCAAAGCCCUCCGCAUCAUCGUCCGGAUCGGCAGUGGUUUUGACAACAUUGACAUCAAGUCGGCCGGGGAUUUAGGCAUUGCCGUCUGCAACGUGCCUGCAGCGUCUGUGGAGGAGACGGCCGACUCGACGCUGUGCCACAUCCUGAACCUGUACCGGCGGGCCACCUGGCUGCACCAGGCGUUGCGGGAGGGCACGCGAGUCCAGAGCGUUGAGCAGAUCCGCGAGGUGGCGUCUGGCGCCGCCAGGAUCCGUGGGGAGACCUUGGGCAUCAUCGGACUCGGUCGCGUGGGGCAGGCAGUGGCGCUGCGGGCCAAGGCCUUCGGCUUCAACGUGCUCUUCUACGACCCUUACCUGUCGGACGGCGUGGAGCGGGCGCUGGGGCUGCAGCGGGUCAGCACCCUGCAGGAUCUGCUUUUCCACAGCGACUGCGUGAGCCUGCACUGCGGCCUCAACGAGCACAACCACCACCUCAUCAACGACUUCACCGUCAAGCAGAUGAGACAAGGGGCCUUCCUGGUGAACACGGCCCGGGGCGGCCUGGUGGACGAGAAGGCGCUGGCCCAGGCUCUGAAGGAGGGCCGGAUCCGCGGCGCAGCCCUGGACGUGCACGAGUCGGAACCCUUCAGCUUUAGCCAGGGCCCCCUGAAGGAUGCACCCAAUCUUAUCUGCACCCCCCACGCUGCGUGGUACAGCGAGCAGGCGUCCAUCGAGAUGCGAGAGGAGGCGGCACGGGAGAUCCGCAGAGCCAUCACAGGCCGGAUCCCAGACAGCCUGAAGAACUGUGUCAACAAGGACCAUCUGACGGCGGCCACCCACUGGGCCAGCAUGGACCCCGCUGUCGUGCACCCUGAGCUCAACGGGGCCGCCUAUAGCAGGUACCCUCCAGGCGUGGUGGGCGUGGCCCCCACUGGCAUCCCAGCUGCUGUGGAAGGUAUCGUCCCCAGCGCCAUGUCCCUGUCCCAUGGCCUGCCCCCUGUGGCCCACCCACCCCAUGCCCCUUCUCCUGGCCAAACCGUCAAGCCCGAGGCAGAUAGAGACCACGCCAGUGACCAGUUGUAGCCCGGGAGGAGCUCUCCAGCCUCAGCGCCUGGGCAGAGGGCCCGGAAACCCUCGGACCAGAGUGUGUGGAGGAGGUGCCUGUGUGGCGGCCCUGGCACUGCAGAGACUGGUCCGGGCUGUCAGGAGGCGGGAGGGGGCAGCGCUGGGCCUCGUGUCGCUUGUCGUCCGUCCUGUGGGCGCUUCGCCCUGUGUCCUUCGCGUUCCUCGUUAAGCAGAAGAAGUCAGUAGUUAUUCUCCCAUGAACGUUCUUGUCUGUGUACAGUUUUUAGAACAUUACAAAGGAUCUGUUUGCUUAGCUGUCAACAAAAAGAAAACCUGAAGGAGCAUUCGGAAGUCAAUUUGAGGUUUUUUUUUUUUUGGUUUUUUUUUUUUUUUGUAUGUUGGAAUGUGCCCCAGAAUGAGGCAGUUGGCAAACUUCUCAGGACAAUGAAUCCUUCCUGUUUUUCUUUUUAUGCCACACAGUGCAUUGUUUUUUCUACCUGCUUGUCUUAUUUUUAGAAUAAUUUAGAAAAACAAAACAAAGGCUGUUUUUCCUAAUUUUGGCAUGACCCCCCCCUUGUUCCAAAUGAAGACGGCAUCACGAAGCAGCUCCAAAAGGAAAAGCUUGGGUGGUGCCCAGCGUGCCCGCUGCCCAUCGACAUCUGUCCUGGGGAUGUGGAGGGUGGCAGCGUCCCCGCCUGCACCAGUGCCGUCCUGCUGAUGUGGUAGGCUAGCAAUAUUUUGGUUAAAAUCAUGUUUGUGACUGUAACCAUUUGUAUGAAUUAUUUUAAAGAAAUAAAAAUCCCGAAAGAGCCA